AUGGCAAUGGGCGGAGCUGCCAUGAUUACAAUUAUUGUCUUAGAAGCUAGGAGAGGGAGGAUUGGAGGUGUUUAUAAAGGCUUCUUAAGUGAUCUUAAAAUGGAUGUUGUUGUGAAGAGGAUCUCUAAAGGGUCUAGACAAGGGAUAAAGGAGUAUGCAUCGGUGUUGAAGAUCAUUAGUCAACUGCCGCAUAGGAACCUUGUGCAACUUGUUGGUUGGUGCCACCAAAGGAAAGAGCUACUUCUUGUGUAUAAGUUCAUGCCCAAUAGAAGCUUUGAUUUUCAUCUAUUUCGAAAAAGGGGCUCCUUGACAUGGGAGUUGAGGUACAAGAUAGCUCUAGAAUUAGACUCUGCAUUACAAUAUUUGCACAAAGGGUGGGAACAAUGUGUCCUCCAUGGGGAUAUUAAUUCCAACAAUGUAAUUCUUGAUUCCAAAUUCAAUACUAAACUAGGGGAUUUUGGUCUGGGUAGGCUUGUGGAACAUGAGAGAGAGUCACAAACAACUAAUGUAGCUUCUGGUACCAUGGGAUACAUGGCACCUGAAUAUGUUAUUAACGGGAAGGCUAGCAAAGAAUCUGAUGUCUAUAGCUUUGGCAUUGCUUUCUUAUAA